UUUUAAGCAGAAGAGCAUGCUUAAUGCUUUACGACAUUUUUACUCAUGUAUAUUACGUACUUUAGACCAGACUUGAAUGACAAAUUCUUUCAAAAUUGUGCAGGGUAAAGAUUUGAGUUUGAAGACACGAUUCAGAAUGACAGAAGACCUGGAGGAGUUCAUCACCCUGACGCCGUUGACUUGUGUGCAACAGUGCAAUGCUUUACUAGGCGCCAGAUCAACGAAACCGAAAAGCUGCAUUGUUUUUUUUACACUUUUUGGAGCUUACUGCGGCGUACUCGUCUAUCGGGCAUAUCGGGCAUAUGCCUCGAAACAAGGAGGAAAUGGGGAGAAAAUAUCAGAAGUGAUAGCGCUUGAGGCUAAAGCGGAUGAUCUGAAUGUAGAACCAGGUUCCAGCCUUGUGAACGAACUUUUAGAGCAAGCGCAGCCGAUCCUAUUGCAGCCUGUCGAGCUUUCCAGCACUGACAUGAGAUGGCGCUAUUGCAGCCAGUUGCCUGAACCAGAAUUCAAGCUAGGCUCAGAUGGUGAUGACGAAGAAUUCGAAGAAUCAAGUAUUAUAUUGGAUGAAAACGAUCACGUCACAGUAUCAGCGGCCACAUCCACAACAAAGCCUAAAAAUCUCAAGCCAACCACCUUUUCGGUGUAAAUCACAAUGCUGAUUGGCAAACGAAUCCAUCGUUUGAUGAAAAGUAGAAUAAAUCAUCUUUUAAAGCCCUCUUAAAA